AUGUCGUCCGUCGAUGUCAACACGGGCCCGGACGACCUGAGUCCCGCCGACGACACUACCGUCACCACUCCCAAGGAACGCCAUUCGCUCACUCUCGAUCAGCGACGCGCUCUCCGUCGCUGGGCCCACUCGCAGACUACGCGUCCCAGCCACAAGGCUUGCAUCGAGUGGUUCUUUGGCCAAUACGGUCAGAACAUUUCUCAGUCCACUAUUUCGCACUCGCUGUCGCCAAAGUAUGCUCGCCUUGACAAUGACAAUCAAUUCAGUGGCUCGCGUCUGCGUUUUGGCAAUUGGCCCGAUGUGGAAAAGCUAGUUCUUCUGUGGCAUCAGCAAGUCGUCGCCUCUGGCCGCAACCCUUCUAAUGAGGAUCUAGCCGACAAGGCAAAAUCCAUCUUCACUCAGCUCCCCCGUUACAAGGGUGAAACGCCUCCCGAAUUCUCACCUGGCUGGAUUCACAGGUUCAAGAAGCGCUACGGUCUGCUUAUUCGGCGCCAGCGCCGCCAUGGCAACGCGCCCAACCCGGCUGAUGAUAUCCCGUAUCUCGUCGACGCCGUUCCGCGCUUCAUGACCAUUACCCAGGAGACCAGCCCUGCAGCCAUCAGAGAUGCAGUGCUCCGCGUCGUCGGCGUCGAGGCUACUCUGGGCAUAUGUGCCCGAGUGCGCGACGAGAUCAUCCGCCGCAUGGAGAACCCCGGCCAGCCUCACGCCCCCUUGCCCGGAGCAGAUCCGCAGGAGCCAGAGUCCUUUGUUGAGGAAGACCCCGAGGUGGUACUGCAAAACGCACUGCGCGCGCUGCAGCAAGAGGAGGCGGAUGCAGAGGCGGAAGCUGCUGCCGUCCGAGACCAGCGCGAUCGCCAGGAACAAGGACUGCCUCCUCUGCCGGUCAUGCAAACGCCCCAGCAGCAACCUGCUCAAGCAGCUAGGACUGUCGCUAGGUUCACGCCUGCUGCUCCUGAGGAGCUGACCUUGACGCCCAUCUCCAGUGGUGGACCAAUUGCCUCCAAUGACCGCCCUCUGCGGUGCCCAUUCUGCGUCAAUCAACGCAUGUUGAGAACGAUCAAGGAAGCUGUCGAGCACAUGAGCACGCACGUGGUUGUCUAA